AUGAAAGCCUUGCAUCCAUUAUUAUUCUCUACAAGUAUAGUACUACACUUCAUACAUCAAAUAUUAAUUCACACAAUGCAUGAAUAUGAAUAUCCUUGUUGUGAGUAUAAUUUUUGGUUGUAUCUAAUUAUGUGUCUAGUGAUUGUGUCAUUGGCAGGCAUUACAUCAGGCUUAGCUUUAGGAAUAUUGUCAUACAAUCCAGUUGAUCUUGAAGUUCUCAUUAAAGCAGGCAGACCAAAAGAUAAAAAGAAUGCAGAAAGGAUUCAACCAUUUGUAAAGAAUGGACAUUUUGUCUUGUGUACUCUUCUUCUAGGAAAAUCAUUGGCUAUGGAGGCACUGCCAAUUUUUAUGGACACAAUCAUACCAUCAUGGUUUACUAUUCUUAUAUCAGCACCAUUGGUGACUGUAUUUGCAGAGAUUUUACCUCAAGCUGUAUGCUCUAGAUAUGGACUUUCUUUUGGAGCAAAAUUGGCUCCUUUUACUCAUUUGCUUCUGUUGAUCUUCUUCCCAAUAACUUAUCCAGCUAGUAAGCUGCUGGAUUGGGCUCUAGGAAAAGAACAUUCAGUUAUUUUAAGAAGAUCAGAGUUGAAGACAUUUGUAGACUUGCAUGCAGAUCAGGCAGGGAAGGGUGGAGAAUUGUCACAUCAUGAAACUUCUAUAAUCACAGGUGCUAUGGAUUUGACUCAGAAGACAGCUAUAGAUGCAAUGACACACAUAUCUGAAACUUUUUCUCUUGAUAUAAAUUCCAAAUUAGACAUGCAUACAAUGACACAAAUAAUGAGUAAAGGUCACAGUAGAGUACCUAUUCAUUCUGGCAAUCCCAGAAAUAUUAUUGGCCUCAUCUUGGUUAAGAAUUUAAUCUUCUGCAGACCAGAGGAUGAGACACCAAUCAAGAAUUUGAUUAUCAGGAAAAUUCCUAGGGUAUAUGAAAGUUGGCCACUAUAUGAGAUAUUGAAUCAAUUCAAGAAAGGUCAUAGCCAUAUGGCCGUUGUUUUGAAGGGAAAAAUGGAAACAGAAAGCAAUGAAGCUCAUGCUGUGGAUUCACCUAUAUUUUUGAAUAUAAUAACUAAUAAAGAAUCAAAUCAAGCUCAAAUUAAUAUUGGAGAAUCAAAUUCUUCCUAUGUACUGGAAAUGAGUCAGAGAAGUUCAAUUCCGGAAUCAAGUGAUGUGGAAUUUCAUAGUCCAACAUUAGAAAAUAUGAUGGUACUAGACAAUGAUGUUGGACAAGAAUCAAAGCAAUGGGAUCAAGAAAUUGGAUGUAUGACACAUGAACAAAUAAUGUCUCUUAAUUCUGGUGUUAUGCAUGAUGAGGCUAUUGGUAUCAUUACAAUGGAGGAUCUUAUGGAGGAGUUAUUACAGGGAGACAUAUUGGAUGAAACUGAUGAAUAUGUUCACCUUCAAAAGAACAUUAGAAUUAACCUGCAACAAUCACAUAGAUCACAAUCAAGAUCAUCAAGAAGAACAUUUGGAUCCAGUCGUCGUUGAACAACUUUCUAGCUAACAAAUAUUUACUUUAUUAUUUACUCUCAAUUAAUUAAGAUUUCAUUUGUGGAUACAUUUGUUACAAUGUUAUGCUUUUUGUUUUUUAGAUAUAUACUAAAAACAGCAAACAGUAACAAUUCCAAAAUGUGCUUUACUUUUUUUUU